AUGCUUCGCUCAAUGAAUGACGGCAGCUUGGAUACCACUUUACUAUCUACAUCCACUGCAGAAGGCCUGGAUAGUUUGAUGGCAUCGCUUCCGCCCGAUCAACAAAAGUAUUUUCUUGAAGAUGAUAUUUUUACUCCCCUGAUAUCACCUGCCAUGACACCGUCAAUGAGUUACCAACCUCAUCACCAGAGCGUUCAUGCUCCUCAUCAUCCUCACCAACAAUAUCAGCAUCAUCAACAACAACAGCAUCAACAACAGGAUGUUGAUUUUUCACCACUAACGUCACCUGCCAUCAUGCCACAGCCUUCUGGAGACAUGACACCUGGUCAAAUCUACGAGCAAUACGAACAACUGGAACGUGCUAAAAUGAUGAUCACACGCCGCUUGUCCGAGUUACAGCGAAAGCGCCCUCGAGAGGAAGCUAUUCCUCAACAACAACAACAGCAGCAGCAGCUACAAACGCAUCAUUUACAACAGCAGCAAUUUCACCAUGCUCAACAACACCAUCAUCCGCUGUCAACACGUCCACCACAACCACGACAACCACCAUCAUCAUCAUCGGCCAAAGUACCCUUGUCACCAGCAGGAUCGCCUUGCAUUGAACCUGUGACACCAUCAUCAUUGAUGAAUAUCAAGUCGCAUCCAAAUGGGCAACAACAUGAACCAUCAAUGCCAGUUCAGGUACCACCAGCAGUAUCAACUCCUCAAACACCCGCUGCUGUACCACCACCAUUGAUGCCUGUCAGUAGUGCACCGCCAACAACUUCGUCAACCACAUCAUCUACAAGGUCAUCACCAACAAGUGGUAGCAAUAAACGAUCACGUCGUAUUGCCCCAGCACAACAAAAUCAGCAACAAGAACAUGCAUCAUCACCUCGUGCUCUUAAACCUCUUCUUAUUAGCCCGACAAUGAGACCAGGACCUGUUGCUGUGCCUGCCGAUGCUGAGCGUAUGUUGGCUACGCGAUCCAAUUAUCAAAACCUUAUGGAAGGCAAGGCUGCUGCUUUGGGUAUUGCAUUUUCAUCCACCAUCAAAAGUGGUCUCGAGAUUCGUCGUACAGCUCACAAGGCUGCUGAGCAAAAACGACGUGAUUCGCUCAAAGAGUGGUUUGAUCGUUUACGACGUGAAGUCGAUGAAGGCUAUGUGAAAAAGAACGUGACACCUCCAGCGCCGCCUGUUGAUGAUGGCGAAUCAUCCAAAGGUGAUGAAGAGAGCAAACCACUUUCCAAAGUGUUACUUCUCAAAUAUGCAUACGAAUACAUUUCAUUGCUCAAAUCCAACAUUGAGCAACGUGAUCAGCGUAUCUAUCAACUUGAACAACAGCUCAACAACAACAACAACAACAACGACAACAACAAUGAUGCAUCAACUUGA